CCAGUGCUGGGGUUAAAGGACUUUAGCCUCAUACAGAUUAACCAGCGUUCCCAUGGCGUCAACAGCGCGCUCGUGUAUCUUUGUAAGCGUGCUCAUCGUCUUUAGCUCGACAUCAUUGGCAUCAGUCUUCCGAGAUCCAGAUGAGGCGCACAGUGUCUUGGUGCGCACCAAGAGAUUCAACUCGGGCUGGCUGGAGGAGCUGCAGAAGGGUGAUCUGAAGAGAGAGUGUCUGGAGGAGAAGUGCUCAUAUGAGGAAGCCCGUGAGGUGUUUGAGCACCAAGAGGCCACGGACGAAUUCUGGAAGACAUACAGCAUUCCAGACAGCUGUGAGUCAAGUCCCUGCUUGAACGGGGGGAGCUGUUUGGUCCUGCCGGCGUCUUACAACUGCUUGUGUCCACCGCCCUUCAGUGGCCUCAACUGCGAGCUUGACGACCACGUCCGGCCAGAGACAUGUUUGCUAGAAAAUGGAGGCUGUGAGCACUUCUGUGAUCAAGACGAGAGAGGAGAACGAGUCAACUGCUCAUGUGCGGAUGGAUACUUUCUGAAUGCUGAUGGCCAGAGCUGCAUGCCCAAAGACUCAAUAACGUGUGGCAUGACCCCAGUUCUUCAAGAUCCAAACAAAGCCAAGAAGCUUGACCCUCGUGCUCGGAUUGUGGGUGGACAAGAGUGUCCCAAAGGCGAAUGUCCCUGGCAGGUGUUGCUGCUUUAUCAUGGCAAAGGUUUCUGUGGCGGAAUAAUCAUUAAACCCAUGUGGAUCCUCACGGCAUCUCACUGCCUUGAAGAUACUGACGCCCAGUUUUUAAAUGUUGUUGCAGGCGAGCAUAACACCAUGGUGGAGGAGGGAACAGAGCAGGUCAUCCAGGUGGCUCAAAUCCUCAUGCACGAGCGCUAUGAAAAGAAAACGGCUGACAACGACAUCGCCCUGCUGCGAUUGGCCUCGCCCGUGGUUUACACGCCAUACGCCGUACCGGCCUGCCUGCCCACAAAGUCUUUGGCUGAGCGCGAUCUGUGGGCCAUCAGCAUCCACCCAGCGGCCAUCCGACACAACACAGUGUCAGGGUGGGGUCGUCUGUCACUGCACGGUUCCACGGCAAGAUUGCUCCAGCGCCUGGCACUACCACGGGUCCCGCUGCAGGAGUGUCGCCUGCAUACCAAACUCAACAUCACCCGAAACAUGCUCUGUGCCGGCCUACAAAGGGGUGGGCAGGAUGCAUGCAAGGGUGACAGUGGUGGCCCUCUCGUGACUCGCUACAAGAAAACUUGGUUUUUGACCGGUGUGGUGAGCUGGGGGAACGGCUGCGCUGACAACAACAUGUACGGCAUUUACACCAAAGUCAGCAACUUCCUCGACUGGAUCCAACAUCAAAUGACCAGAUGGUAAAGCAAGAAGACUGGAAUUUGCCAACUGACAACUUGAUAAUUGGUUUCCACUGGUAACUUUUGUUUCAAUAAACCAAACAAAACAAAUAAACAAACAAACAUCUUUUCUCUG